AUGACUUCUGAAGCACCAUCCACUGAGCUGACCACGGAACUAUCGACUUCUGAAGGACCAGCGAGCCAGACCGUAACGGAAGGCUCGACGACGGAUUAUUCUGAUGCAGAAACAGUCUCACUAGAAUUUUCUACCCUUGCGUGGAGCUCAUCCGAUUCUACGACGGAAGAAUCGACUAUCUGGCCGACGACGGAAAUUACGAGAUACUACGACUGGCUCGAGCACAAGGACGACGACAAGUUCGACAAGUUCUCCAACGGCAACGACUGGAUCGACGAGCAUGACGAAGGCCAG